GAAUUGAAGACACCACAGUUUGUCAGCGACGACGACGUAGACGAAAUUGGCUUUGUCCUUUUUCAAUUUCACUGAGAAAAAAAUCAUUUUAACGAACUACUAACGAAUUAAAAAUGUGGUUCUUCUUUCUACUUUCGUGGCUAGCAACUGCAAUUCAAGUAUGCCUCGCUACACUUGCAUUAGCUGCUGGGCUAUAUUACAUGGCAGAACUAGUUGAAGAAUAUACAGUCAUGGCUGCAAAGUGCAUCAAGUGGCUUCACAUAGGUACAGCAGCAAUAUAUAUUGGUUUGAUUUUGUUUGAAGAUCUACCAUACUCGCUCACGUUUGUUGGACUUUUCUCAGUCUUCAUGUACUCUCUUAUGCUGAAGAAUUUUCCUUUCAUCGAGCUUACAUCACCCACAUUUAUCAUUAGCUGUGUUCUGGUAAUUGUGAACCAUUACUUUGCAUUCAGCUAUUUUUCAGAUGUAUGGCACCCCUUUUCCGAGGUCUUGGCUUAUUUUACACUGUGUCUGUGGUUGGUUCCCUUUGCAUUCUUUGUAUCGCUGUCAGCAGGAGACAAUGUACUACCUACAAUGCAAAGACCAGAAUUAGAGAAAAAGGAUGAUGUCGUUUCAAGCUACUUCAACAGAAAGUCAAAGAGGAAUGGUCUGCUAGCCGGCUUCAACUUUGUCAAGGAAUCGGUCCUGCCUCAGCGAAGCAAAGCUUUCUGAAAAAGUAAAUUUGUACUGCUCAGACACACACAGGGUGUGACAUUGGACAGAAUUAUUCUACUAUUAGCAUUAUGACAUCAUCAUGGUACUACUACUACUUUGUGAUAACAUGACUGCAUAUGCCUCUGAGGUGUGUUUCUUUUUCUAACAGCUUGUUGAUGUGUUUGAACCAUUGACUAUUUGCAGGCAGCUGUGUGAAUGCUGGAAUGGACCGUACUGAACAUCCAUUUUCACAUGUAUAUGAGAUACAUCGGAUAAGAAGUAUGUACAGUAAGAAGUAUGUGUGUUGACUCGAGCCUUACGUCGGAUAUUAUACAACCAUGGAGCCAUCUUACGUACAUCAAGAGAUGAAUGUGCUUUAGAUAGAUUUUUUUUCAGAUUUAAUCUGACGUUUUUAUGUUUUAGAGCUAUUUCAUUAACGCCUGCCCUCGCUUUAAGUUUUGAUUCCCCAAACAUGUACUGUUCCACUUCAUUACUACAAUGUAUGAAUGUGUUUGUCCUGCAUCUGUAUGGUGUGCAUGAUAUGAAGUUUUAAAAAUGUGUUUUAUUGGAUGUAUUUGACAGAUAUGAAAAGAAUAAUUUUAGGGUGCCCGAUCAAAAUUUGAAAAAAAAAAACAUUUUUUCCUGUUUUUAGGUAAAAAAACACUUCUCAAUUAUGAAAUGGGCUGAAAUUUUUUUCAGGAAAUUAUCCUUGUAUGUAGCUUUCUGAAAACCUAUUACUAAAUUUGUAAGAUGAGUGUCCAAGUGGUUCUUUUUUAAAGGGGGGGGGGGACACAGAGGGCACAAGAGAUCCAAAAAUUUAACAAUUUUCACCAAGCCCCAAUACAUGAAGAAAAAAAAGACUCAACAGCCACUACAAAUACUUGAGUAUGUUUCACAUUAUCAACUCUUUACUGAAGAGUAUUUUAAGAAUAAGAAUUUCAAGAGAAAGUCUUUAUAAUUAAAGUGAUUUUUUUUAUUUUUAUGGCAAGUUCUGACAAUAAGCAAGGUAAAUGUCAUGAAAUAGUGAAAAAUGGAAAAACGAGAGAAGCCAAAAUCACAAAAGGUUUAUGAAAAUGUAUGCAUAUGAAUGAGGAGUGUCUGGUUAGAUUUGGCGACAGGUCAAAGAGGUCAUUAUUUGAAAGUGUAGAAAUCUGGUCUUGUGUGCUGCGUGCAGACGAGAAUCCUUGUUCCUUUUUGGUAUAAAACCCUUUGUCCAUUAUUAAACUGGCUGAAAAUUUUAGGAUACAAUCUUUUUGUUUUAUUUAUGCAAUCACUAAAUUUAUAAGAAAAGUGUUCAAAAAGCCUUUCGAAAAUACAAAUUAAAACAUUACUGAGAGAGCUCGUAUGUAAAAAGUUUCACCCCAAAAAUAACUAAUGGGGGGAGAGAUUUAAUACUUUCAAAAUUUGAAUGUUAGAUGAUACUCCAAUUCCAAUAUAAUUCACAUUAUUGAACUUGUAGCAAAGCUGUAGCCAGGCACUUUAAAAAUGCUGUCAACUGAACAAAAACAUUGGCAGUUCCAAACACUAAAAAUAUAGAUUUUCUUGCUAUUCUUGCUUUGCACCUAGUCAAACACAUGUAUUUAAAUUUGAUGGACAGGGAUAAUAACUGCACACUCUCAUGAAAAAUAAUAUAAUAUGCGGUUUCAUUUUGCACAAGUAUCUUGCCAUACAAAAUGUAUGAACACAACUACACCACAAAAUUUUCUACUCAGAUUAAGCUAAUCAAGCUAAUCUCAGAUUAGCUUGCAAGUUCCUUGUCUUGUAUUGAAAAUAAGAAUUUAAAAUCAUAAUUAUACCUGUCGAGAAUUAUGCAUUAUAAAUUCGCUCAAAUACCCCAAAUUAUUCUGUCUCAGUAUGUUUUUUUUUUCAACUCAUGUGUAGAAUAACAUCUGUUUAUGAAUUGUAAAGAAAAUUCAUUUGCAAAGAGAUUUUGUAAAAAAAAAGUUUUUGCAUACAUUUUACAUGCACUACUAAGAACUAUUAUAUCAUAUGAAAUCCCCUAACUUUAGCCAUUUGGCGUUGUAUAUGCGCAAUGAUGGAUACUAAACACAGCUACGGUAAUUACAGGUAAGUCCCAUGCCUUUUGAUUGAAAAGUGGCUGAUUUCCAUCACUAUGUGAAAAAAAGGUUGCAGUGCGAGGUAUUUUCACAAAUUGACUGUUGUGUUUAAGCUCAUUAUUUCCAAUAUUGAAUAUUAUGCAUGUAAACACACAUAGAAAUAAUAAGUGAAAAAUCUCAUGAUAUAAAUCUCAUUCAAACUUUAAGGAUUAAAUAGGUGUAUAUUGAGCCCUUGAUCUCUGGAAGCGAUUGACUAAAAAAAAAUUUAAUGAUUGCACACUUGUCCAUCAAUUUGUUAAAUCAGAGGUGUUAGGAAUGCCAUUGAUGCAUGCUUUCAAUUUAUGCAAAUGCAUUCAACUUUGUGCAAGUCAUUAACAAAUAAUAUAUAACCCAUAUCUUACUAACUUAGUGAAUAAUCCCAAUUUUAAUAUGUUAUGAUACAAUGGUUUUUUACUAUAAAAAAAAACAACCUUUUUUGUUUGUACAAAUUUUAAGUUUUCAUUUUAUUUUCAUAUAAAUCUCUCACAACUAUUUACAGACUAGUAAUAGUAAUAUGGAUGUUAUUUGACAUUGUGUGUACUCCAUGUUCUAUGUCCCAUAUUCUCAAGUUCAUUUUAAUUCAGGCCAUAGUCUAAAUGCUAACAUUAUGGAAAGCGAAAAAUGUCUUGCUAAAUAUUUUACAUUUCUUAUGUUUACUGUCUUCUUUCCCAUUUUGUUAUUGUGAAGAAACUAAGUAGUUAUUCUUGACAGGCAGUUAUAUGGUUUGAGUGUGAAAUGAGCUUAUAAAUUGAACAUGUAUUUUUAAAGAUUUGUAACACAGUUGGCUAUCCAUAGUUACACAAAUGCAAAUUUCUCUGGUCUGAUUGUCAAUUUGCUAUCGUCUAAACCACAACUUUAGGCCAGAUUUUAAAUGAAACCUGAAUUGAGAAUAUGGGCCUAUAGUUUUCACUUACUGUUAUUGUUUUCAUAUUUUAGUGCAAAUUUACGCGAAGCCCCCUAAAUUAUUUGGCAAUAAAUAUGCUACAUCUUGUUAAACAAAAUACAGUAGACAUCUCCUGUGCUUUUUCUCACUUUUAAACUGUAUGAUUUGAAGAAAUAUUGAUGUAAAAAUGCUGGAUUCAUUGUGAUAGAUAUGCAAUUUAAUAAAGUUGAUUAAAAAAAAGUA